UAUCCGCCGAUCUCCUCGAUUCCCAGCACCUCGUUCGAGCGCCUCGCACAAGCGGCCGAGGACGCCCCCAAGGAUGUCGCGACCAUUGCCGAAACAGUCCUCUAUCUCGCCUACGGCUCCAACAUGUCGGCCGAGACAUUCUUGGGAAAGCGGAGGAUACGGCCCCUUUCUCAGAUGAACGUGUCUGUCCCCCUCCUGCGACUGACAUUCGACCUUCCUGGAUUGCCGUACCGAGAACCGUGCUUCGCGAAUGUCGGAUACCGAAAAGUUCCUGACCCAAAGCUGCCCGACCCUCUUCAUCCACCCAUUGUUCCGCCGCUGGACCCUCGAAAGCCGGGGCUCGAAUGGGACGGCAGCCUUCUGGGAGUCGUGUACGAGGUGACGAAGGAAGACUAUCGAAACAUUAUGAGAUCCGAGGGCGGCGGCUCGGGCUACCAGGAAAUCGCGGUGCCUUGCAUUCCCCUACCGGCGGAUGUUGGCCUUCCAGAGAAGCCAACGCUGCCGCCCUUGCCCAAGCCUUUCCUUGCGCAAACGCUCUAUGCGCCGUACAUCCCGCUGGAUGCAGGCGCAGGCAAGAAGAGUUGGUGGGCCAGGUUCGUCACUGGUCCCCAUAGGCCCAAACCCGACUAUGCUCAGCCGAGCGCCCGAUACCUGAAGCUCUUGGUAGAUGGUGCUCGAGAGCACAAUCUCCCCCAAGUCUACCAGGACUAUCUGGCGUCCAUGCAGCCCUACACACCCACGACGCUCCGGCAGAAGAUUGGCCAGAACGUGUUCCUCCUCGUCUGGGCGCCGAUGCUGAUGUACUUCUUCACCAUCACGACCUUCCUGGCCGACGAGAGGGGCAAGGUGCCGCGGUGGUGCGCGAACACGAUCUCGGGGCUGUUUGGCAUCAUGUGGUACAGCUACGACAAGGUGUUUGUCCACAUCUUUGGCGACGGCGAGCGAACGCAGGAGCCGAAGAAGGAUUUGACGAGA